AUGAGAAGGGACGAUUCGCAACAUCAUUUUAAAUCAUCUCAUAAUAUGUUGGAUAAAUUGUCAAAUAAAAUUUCAGCAAUUAAAGGCGACAUAACUGCAGCGGUUAAAGAACGAGGUCGUUCAAUCUCUUCGGAUCGUCAUAACUCAAUGUUUUCAACUAGUAGCGGAGCUAUUAUGAGUAAUGUCGCAUUUACAUUGCAAGAUGAUGCUCCAUCUAUAAUGACACAUGCAACACAAUUAUCCAACAUGUCUGAUGAUAAUGAAUCAAUGUCAACGCUUGCGUCAUCAGCUAAUGCUGUGGAUCAUUUCAAUUUGAAUAUGGAUUUUGGUGGUAUUAAAUCAAAUGUUUCCAAUACAUCUAGUUUAUCAAGUGCAACAACGACAAGCUCGACAUCUUCACUGAGUUCAAGUAGUACUGCUCAUUCAUCAAUUAUAACAUCUUCAAAUUCACGAAGAAAAUUCGAUUCAACCCAGGACAUAUCCACAAUCACAGAUAAUUCAAAAGAUACAGUUGCUGGCGUAAAAGAACGUUCUAUUACAAAAAUCGAUUCUGUCGAUAUGAAUGUAAAAUCUUCUAUUGUUACUGUACAGUCAGAUGCAGUAAAAAGAUCAGCUAUGCUCCUAACUGGGCCUAAAUUUCGAUUGAAUAGUAAAGCAAUACCAAAGAAAAAGUUAAAAUUAAACAGUGAUGGUACUUAUACAAUUUCGAUUGUCGUUGGCGUCGUUUCUCUGACAAUUACAUUAUGGAAACCGAUUUCACCGUUUUUCUCUGGAUUUUUGGUUGGCAGUCUAUUUGCUAUAGCACUCUUGUACAUAUGUUUUCGAAUGUUUAUGAAUUCCAAAAUUGAAGAAACUGUCGUAGAAGAAUGGAUCGAUUUUCCUGCACUUGAUUCUAUGCUGACUAAAGUCGAUAAAGAAGACAAAAAUACUUAUAUACAAGUAACCGGUGCUUCCCUGAGUUUUCACAGCUAUGAUGCUGAUCGUGAUGAUGACUUCGUCCGUUAUCCGUGUGAUGUUCGUCUUGAUGGAUAUCGUCUUAUUAUUCAACUUGCCAAAGCUCGAAUGAUACUCGUACCCGAAGCAACUUUAACACGUAGUAAAUAUUGGAUGAACGAUUAUCCUAUAGUCAUAAAAGGUUUACAAAUUCUUGAUAAACAAAUUUAUAAUAAGCAGCAAUUAGAAAAAUCUAAACUGGACACAAACGACUUUUUCAACAAUAACGCAACGAUUCUCUCAAUUUGGUUCGAAACUGGUCCACAAAAAGAAGAAUGGUUUCAUAAACUCUCUUUAGUUUUGAGUAAAGGAAAAGAAGAUAUUGAAAGAUUCAAAUAUCUUCUUACAACCAGUAACAAUUGUGUAUCAUCGUCAACAUCUAAUUUCUAUAUAAAUCGUCGUCAAACUCAAACAUGUGCUGACGCAGUACUUAUUUCGAAUUCAACUAACGAAACUCAUAUUCGUUCUUCAAUAAUUGAAACACAAAUCAAUGCCGAAGAGCUACUACAAUCAAAAUUGAAAGCGAAAGAAUCCAAAAAUACAGAAAAAGAUUCUAGUGAAAUACAUCGAACGAUUACAAGAAAAUCAAAAAACUUAACAUGCAAUGAAGCUAAUUUAGAAAAAAUUCUUCAAACAUCUGAAUGUUUAGACGAAGCAGCAAUUACUCUCAAUUUCAUGACACGUCGACUUUUAUGUGAUAUGUUUGAUACUCCGGUUUUUAAAGAUUUAUUAAAAAAUAAAGUUGAACUGAAAUUGAAAGAAAUUGCUGUUUCCAUACUUGAAAAUCUUCGUGUUGUAUCUAUUGACUUAGGCAAUUCAUUUCCGACUAUAUUGAAAAUUGAACCUAUGCAAUGGAAUACACAAGGUAUUUGGUUCAAUUUAUUUCUCUAUUAUCGCGGUCAUUUCAAAUUAUCAAUAAAAAGUCGUCUUGCUCUACAAAAAUUGAUCAAUUAUGAUUCAAACAAUGAUAAAUCAAUAUUGACUCAACACAAAACAUCUUCAACUAUUCAUCGAGAUGAUGAACAAGUUAAUGCAGAUAGCUUAAUACAAAACCAAAAACGUUUAGCUGAAGAACCUGCAGUGUCAGAAAAAACAACAACACGCAAACUUGGUACUGCUUUGACUAGUUUAGUUAUGAACAAAUAUUUUCAAAUGUUUGUGAAUUUACCAUUUAUAAAAACAUUAUUCGAGAAAUUUUCUCAGCAAGACAUUGGCAUUGACAUCGAACUAACUAGUUUUAGUGGUGUUCUAACGCUUAACAUUCCUCCACCACCAAGUGAUCGAAUUUGGGUGGGAUUUCCAGACAUGCCUGAUCUGAAUAUCAAAGUAACACCCACAUGCGGUGCAAAACAAUAUUCCUAUAUAUUAUUGCAAGAUUUGCUCGCAGCUAAAGUUAGAGCGGAAUUAAAACGUCUCGUUGUACUUCCUGCUAUGGAUGAUCAGCUUUUACCAUUCUUUCGAGAUUGGGUCAUCGAUAUUAUCGACAAUAUUAUAGACAGACCGGUCAAUCCAUUGAGCGAUGAUUAUAAAGCCAAGUUAAACAAUCAAACUGCUGUUCGUGAAGGUUUGCAAGAAUACAAAAAUCUACAAAAGCAAGCAUCAACAUUACCUAAUGCCCAAACGUGA